GACAACGCACCAAUAACAGCCGACAACUUCCGGUUUGUCAGCGAGAGAGGGAAGUUUAGAAAGGCGUUUGUUCGUCUCUCCGUUUCUCAGUUAUGGCUCCACUCUCUGAGCUCCAGAUGAGGUUCUGGAUGGAUAAAGCAGUGCAGUGGGGCCAGGCUACAUCUCCCUCUGCACAGCAGGAUAUAAGCAAACACGUGCAGUCUUUGGGGACCUUCCUCCAGCAGCUUGUACACGUGCUACAGACAACGAGCUCUACCACUGAGGCCAUGAAGAGCUUUCCUUUUGUGGGCCAGUUCCUGGGAAGACUUUGUUGGAACCCAUAUGUUACUGCGGAUGCAGCAAGCAGGAGGCUCCUGCUGCAGUGCGUGUGGCUUCUAUAUAGUGUGGAGCCUCAGAAUGCAGUGGAGCACCGGGCCAACGAGUGGAUACGGAAUUUGCUGUGCCAUCUAACUUCAGAAGAUGAGGGCAGUAUGCUGCAUGCUCUGGAGAAACAUGCCGGCUUCCCACCUCAGCAGUAUUAUUCAGGGAGUCUUAAAAAGAUGGUGGCAUUACUGACGACGGAAGUUAAUAUUAGUCAUAUCACUUCAGCAGCCUCUUUAGGAAGGUGCAUGUUUGACAGCAUCCAUUCUUUAUCAGUAGCUUGUGUCCCCUUGGUCACAUGUCCUGAGGUGGCACCUCUUAUUGGUGCACUGCUAAAGCAUUACAAUUUGUGUAGCUGUUCUCAUCUCAGUGAAGAGUUCAUAAAAGCAGUUAACACAGCCUGGCUCAGUAAGAAGCUGGUGAUGGAGGAUGGAGCUGUGAUGGCUCUGUGGUGUUAUAGCCUGUCCAGCUUGGAGCAGGCAGUUCUGCUUCUGCUUGAGCGUGUUCUUUCUAACCCGAAAUUGAUGCCGAAUCUGGAGACAGUCGUCACUGACUCUUUACUGCCCAAAGCAUCAGCACUGCACUGCCACAUCUUUCUCAUAGUGAAUGAUGUUUUCAGAAAUGCUAUAAUAACACUAGAAGAAAAUCUUGCAGUGAGAAGUCUAUUACAAGUUUUCACUAGCUGUUUUCUUCAGACUCGUGCUGCCCAGAGGCCACAGGAAAGACUACCACUAAGAUCCUUUUUUCCUCAUGUACCUCACAACCUGCUCACACCUUUAUUGACAGCACCAUCAGAUGUGCCAAAGCAUGUGUGGCUAGAGCACCUAAGCUGGAUUGGGACAUUACUAGAGAAAUUCCUUCAAGAGAGAAACCAGGAGGAGGACAGCAGAAGGGGGCACAGGGCCAUGUUCGAGGUCUGGUUCUUGCUUGUCCAGUGUGGUCAUUGGAUAGAUGUAGCUGCUGAGCUGCUGGUCUCAGUAGGACCUGAGCAAUCAGAGCUUCUUCUCUUCCUCUUGAUGUUCUACCACCAUCCCACCAACAGAGGGCACCAGAGCACUCAGCACAAUAUGGUUGCAAGACAGGCAUGGAGUGAUUUGAGGAGCCUCUUCCUCACCCACACUCUGUCUCCUGAACGACUAUCUGCUGUGAACGAGCUGCUCUGCACUCUGUCAGCGAACCUCGUUCUCAGACUUCUGCUUAACUUUGCCAUAUUUUCUCAAGCAUCACCCAGCAGGGUGACAGAUGUUAUACAGAAGGUGCUGACUGGUGCUGGUGUGAAGCGCGGCGCCAUGUGUAUGCUCUUCUCUAUGCAUCAGAGACUAAAAGGAGACAGUGCAGUGGAUGCCAGGCUCAGGAUGCUUGAGGACAGACUCCAUGCAACAUAGUGCCUCAGGCUGCACAUAAACACAUGGACGUGCCCAAACACUGGCAUGUGGUAAGCUGUUUAUUAGGACAGGGAUUCCUGGCAUCGUGUGGUUCCACACUGAAAGCCUGGGCUGUUGAAAAUGACAUUUAUACACUGAGCACAGCUGCUGGUUUUAUUUUGAAAGCCAGGGACGAUAUGUGAUGACAUAUCAGGCUAAUUAAAAGGAACAGACACAUGUAUACAUAAGUAAAUCAGAAAAAAAAAGGCCUCAAUUCUGGAAAAUAUGUGCAGAGGUUAUGAAAUUAUUUCUCUUUUUUUGUAAAUGAUAUUUGGAAGCCUUAUUUCUGUCAUGUAGGUAAAUAUGCUUUGUUUUUGCUGUUGAAGUCAGGAGACAUGUAGACAAGCCUACCAUCCUGUUUCUCUGCAAUGAGGGAGCUCACAGGAUCUGAAUCACAUCCUUUUCCUUGUCUGUCCAAUCCAGUGACGUAUAUUAUCUUGUGAACAUAUUCUGACAUUGUCACUACUGUUUUUAUUUAUUUUUUUUAAUGUAUUUAUUUAUUUUUUUGCGUAACUGAAACAGAAGCUAACCGAGUGCAGGCUAGGUGACUAUAAGCACGUCAGUACUGAGGUCAGUAUCUGCUAUCAGCUAAUACCCAGAGCUUUGACAUUGGUUAGUGUUGUAUCAAAAAUGGAAAGCCAACUAGCUGAAGAUGGUGGUGUACAGCAAAUUAUCUGAAAAAUAAAAAAAUAAUAGGGCCAUAUAUACUGCUAAGAAAGUUGAUUUUUUUUUUUUUUUU